CAUGAGAAACGUGUCAGUAGUUGUGGCAAAUAUAAAGAAAGACGUAGAGAAGAGCACUUCCGGUUUAGAUGACCUAAAAGCAGUAACAGAUGAAGUCAAGACCACUUGCAAGGAUGGUCUUUCAGACGUGUCCAAAAGAUUUGCGGCUUUGGAAAAGCAAGUGAAAGAGAUGGAUCAGGCAACGGAGAAACAAUCACAGACGGUAGCAUUUAAUGUUAUGGAUGCAGUAAACUACACGGGCAGUGAAACCAUGAAAUUCUCAAAUAUUAUACUGAAUGAAGGCAACGCCUACAAUAUAGAGACAGGAAUUUUCACCGCACCAAUUGACGGGAUAUAUCAGUUUAAUGCGCAUAUUUGCGGCAAUAGAAAACCGUCUGAAAUAGAAUACUUCAUAAAAGUCGGCACAAUUUCGAUUGUUACCGGAGAAUUCAUUCUGCCAAGCAGAGUUACUCGUGAUACAGAUGAAAAAUGUACGUCUUUUAGUGCAGUAGCCAUGGUUCGGAAAGAUGAAACUGUUAGAGUUGGUGGAAUGCCUUUCACUUCCUUAGGACCGAUAACAGGCAACGACUUGUCUUCUUUUUCUGGUGUACUGAUUAACACUGUUUAAUGAAGUAAAGUUGAUACACAAUGUAUGGGAAAUAAGAAAUGACAUUGAAUAUUGAGUAAAUUUUAAAAUCAGUAAUUAAAUUUGAACAACAUUUCUUUUGAUGUUUUAGCAAAAACAAAAAAAUAAGAAAAAAUAAUCUGAGGGACAUAAAGUCAAAUGUGCAGACAUUUCAGUGGGUGACAAAAAAACUGUACACAAACUUUUAAGUUAAUUGAAAAUAUUUGUAAGUCAUAAACGGUUCUUAAAGAAAUUAUUUUUGUAAUUAUCUCAAUUGAUAUAUAUUGCUUUGUAUAUAUAUUUGUAUAUGAAUUCUAUAAAUGUGUUACUUUUAAUAUACAUGUAUUAUCUUUAUGCAAAAUAUAUUUUGAUAAUAUGCAUAUUUGUAAAUGGCCAUGGACAAUGCUCAUAUUGUUGAUUUGCUACUAAACUUGAAACCAGAAAUAUAACGAUGAGGUGAUUGGUAUUAGCGUAUUUUUAACGUUGUAGGAUUCUGUGUCUGAAAAUUACAGGUUUAAAUGUAUAUACACAAUCCUAAAAUAGUUUUAUUUAUAGGAAUCCAGCAAAUGAUUUAGAAUCAUUCAACUGUUCAUGUUUACAUAUUUUUACGAAUACAUGUAAUACUGUCUUUGUUGCCACAUGCUUGUUUGUAAGCAAAGUAGCUUUUUAUCAAAAUGUUGCACCACAAUGAUUUCUAUUCUUCAAAAUAUAGAGCAUAUA